AUGGCUUCAUUGGAGAAAGUUGUUUCUUUUUUAAGGCCCAAAGUAACCACUGUAACUCACUCACUAAAAACAUUUUUGAAAAUUCUUCUUCAGCACCAUCCAAUUUUGCUCAGAUUUGAAGCUGUACUAAUGCUAGAAUAG